GCCCGUCUUCUCCUUCCUCUCUGAGAGGCCGACUUAGGAGAGACCAGAAAUGAGUGGAAUGCUAUCUUAAAGAAGUCAAAAAUCUGUUAAAAUCUUUAUAAAUACUACUUAAAUGAAGAAAGAUAAAAAAACCCACAGAAUUCCAACUGAUAAUUACCCCAUUCAGACACUGGUGAAUAUGUCCCUCAGUCCAAGCCGACCUUCCUCCUCAGAGUUGAUGGAACUUCAUGUUUUUUAUGUCCCUGAAGGAUCGUGGAACUAUAAGCUAAAUACCAUUUCAAUAGAAGUUGUUAACAAAUUCAUUUCAGCUGGAUUUAUAAGAGUAUCUCCUCACCUAACUUUACAAGCCCUGAGAGAACGACUUGGUGAGUUCCUUGGUGAAGAUGCUGUUGCAGAAAAAUUUUUAUUUCUGAAAUGCAUUGGAAAUAAUCUAGCUGUGGUGAAGGUAAAACAAGAAUCAGAACUGAAACUCAAAUCAUUUGCUCCUCCAUAUGCUCUUCAACCGGAAUUAUAUUUGCUUCCUAUAAUGGAUCAUUUAGGAAAUAUUUAUUCAGCAUCAACUGUUGCUUUAGAUGGGCGGCAGACUAAUAAUGGUGUUGCUGAGGCUGAUGGAAUAAUCCACAGACCACUUAGAGUAACUUUGUUGAAGGAAGAACCUGGAACAGAUCCCAGUUUUUUAGUAAACACUUUGAAAGAGCUUCUCAACAAGAAUCAGGAAGAAGCAGCAUCAGCUGGGGGGAAAGCCACUCCAAAAGAAAACCAGACUGGAAAAAAUCAAAUUGGAAAUUCUGAAGUUCCAGGAUCAUUGGAAUCGAAUAGUGAUUAUUUUAGCAAAAGAAAAAGUUCAUUUCUUUGGAAAAAUGAAGAUGAUGGAGUUAAUAUCAUUAGAACAGAGGACAAUCAGAUAGAUAAAAAAGAGUGUAUCACCCUACCAGAUCUUAUUGAUUUUCCUUCACUUCCUUGUCAACUUGCUCUUUCUCCAAGAAUAAUUGAUAUAUCUUUAUUACAGAAUGAAAGAGAGAAGAUUAUUGAACAGAUGAAACAAGUAAAGGAAGAAAGAAGAUAUCUGGAAAGAAUUAGAGAAGAACUUAUAAAAAAAGUUGAAAAGCUAUUUGAACAAAGUAAACUGAAGCGAUAUCAUGCCUGUGAUGGUUGGAAGAAAAAAUAUUUGGAAACAAAGAAAAUCACAGCAUCACUAGAGGAUGUUUUAACAAAACUUAGAGAAGAUUUGGAACUUUACUAUAAAAAACUGCUCAUGCAACUUGAAGCCAGGGAGAUCAAGAUGAGACCAAAGAAUCUGGCAAACAUCACAGACUCUAAGAAUUACCUCAUCAUCCAGAUCACUGAAGUACAGCAUGCAAUUGACCAACUUAAGAGAAAACUAGAUACUGACAAAAUGAAACUUAUAAUAGAAGUUAAGAUGAGAAAGCAAGCAGUCUCAGAUUUAUGCACAUUGAAAGCUGAACUGGCACAGAAAAAAUUAACACAUCUUUACAAUCUCAAUUAGCUUUGGUUGUAAGACUUUCCACAUUUCUUCAGUUUGCUGUUUGGCUACAGCAUCUCCAGAAUAGUCAAGACAAUUUGCGUGCCACAUGCCAAUGCCUCGUAA